AUGACUCGGGAGUGUACUGUAGAAGGUGCCUCAUUCUGUGGAGUACGGAAGGGGGGGGGAGAGAAGAAACAAGUGCUGAGAGUUACAUCUUUUGGAUGACUGAUUAACACCAAGAGUAAAUUUGGAAGAUGGAUAUUACAGCAGCCACAAUGUGCAAAAUGAAAUGUCAAAGUAAAACACCUCUUAAUAAAUAUCCUCUUCUGCCACAUAUUAAUGCAAAAAACACUCUCAUUGAGUCACUGUAGUCUAGACUUCCUGUUCAGUGAUCUUUGUCAUUUUCUAAUUGUAAAAGCAUAAUAACUUCUCACCUCUCACGCUUCUGUUCUCUAGUCAAGUUCUUUAAUUAUGGGCUCAAAUACAACAAGGUCUAGAGAACUUCAUAUGAUAUGAGUAUGGUAAUUGUACUUUGAAUUCGCAAAAGCUUCCAACCCAUCCUGCAACAAGGAUGAGACGACACACACUGAAUGCCAACCAGGGUUAUGGAUUCCUUCACUCUAGCAUAAAUACAUGUCCCUGCAACAAACUUCCCAUGAAAAUAUUUCAACUGCUACUACAGCUGUACAGGGAGAUAUAGAAUUUGGAGAGAGAAAGGGGCAGGCACAUCUGUAAAAAGUUUUACAAGUAAUAAAAUGUAAUACAAACAAGAUUCAGCCCCAUAAUAACUUCAUGGCAAUGAACGUUGAGUGACAGAAAAGGGAGACUCCUUCGGGUAGUGAUAAAGCAGGAUAUCAAAUCCAAACUCCUCCUCCUCAUUCUUCUUCUAAUUUCAGCAGUUUUCAUAUAGCACUAAAAACCCAAAUUUGGAAUAAGCAGCAACCCUAUCACUUUGUUAGAUAAAGCUACGUGAUGCAGCUUAUUCCAUUUAUUUAGUGUGUACAUUGCUAAAAGGGGUGUGAGAGAGACAGAAAACGGCAAAUUAUUAAGCAUAAUUGGCACAUAUGCUAAAAAGAUUCAGUCAAGCCACUAGUGCACAAUUGCUCAUUGGGUCUAAAUAAGGCAUUGAUAUCACACUUGGCCUGCCUUCUAUAAUCUUUAAUUACAUGAUCACAUUUUUACAGAGCUCGCAGUUAAUGCUUGCAGAAGUGCAUAAUUUAGAGGGGAUCAAAUGUUAAUCUUUUUUUAGAUGACAAAUGAGUUCUUAAUCUUUUUUAGGUGAGAAUUUAGUCCUUUAACUGUUAUACUUCUUGAUUACUCUUACCACGGAAUACCAGCCAGAUGGGCGGGGUAUAAAUUAUUAUUAUUAUUAUUAUUAUUAUUAUUAUUAUUAUUAUUGGUAUUAUUAGUAUUAUUUGUGUUUCUUUUUCAAAGGGAGAAGAUCCUAGAGCUAUGUCCAGCAGAUGUGAUGGGACGUCUUCCUCUUCCUCCCCCCUCUCCCCCCGCAGGCUCUCAUGUGCCCCUCAAGUCUGCUCCAAGGAGUCUUCCUCUGAACCCACCAGGAGAAGAUUUUGGGGGGUGGGGUGGGGGUUAUGCAGGGAUGCAGAUAAGAAGGGAAAAUAUUAUGCAACUAAACUGACAUUAGGUUCAGAUAUCAUUAUACCAUUAGAUCCUGAUACCAUUAGAUUGUAAGAAAAACACUGGGGCCUAAUUUGAAUAGUAGAGUGCUUGGCAUUUGGUGGGCGGGGCUUGUGUGUUUUGCUCCGGAAUCAGCCCCUCCCUUCAGUGUGUGUUCAGUUUAGACUGUCAGUUAAGAGGGACCAACUGCCUCUUCUUGUUUCUUGCCUCAGACUUGUCUCAGGGUGUUGUUUUAGUUUCUCUCAGACAUCAUGUUAUUUUGCUACAGAUUUCUCUCAGUUUAUUAUUAAAACUUGUUCAUGUUUAUGUGAACCACUUACUUUUCUCAAAGAAAAAGAAAAUCUGCUGAAGAAUGGUGGAAUAUCCUAAACUUGGCUGAAUGAGGGGAUAUUCCCAGUUUGCUAGGAGGACUGAUUUUGUUAAUCAUGCCACAACACAGAUAUCACCCCUAGACAUCCAACGUUUCUGUAUAAUUGCUGAAUUUAAACAAGUAAGGCUCAGAAAUAACCAGGGAAAAUGUAAUGUACAACCUGGUGGGAAAGUACAGCCAGCAGAUGGCAUCAGAAUAGCUACUACAAUGCUGUGUCUGUAGAGUCAUCUGCAUAUCCCUUCUUCCCUUUUAUUAUCUCAUAUUCAGCUUCUUUGCAAAGCAACCAAAAUAUUUCAUUCUCGUACCCCUUUCCUGUGCAUUUUUCAUCCAUCAAAACAGGGAAUUUACUUCAAAAUGAUGCUUGAUGCAGCACCCCAGCAUAUCUGGCCAAACUGAUCCAGGCUCCAGCUCAAGACAUCCUCUAGCACAUCUACCACCUAACUUCAAACAUUUUGGCCGAGCCUGACCUAGAAUGAACUGGAUCAAUAUUGUGCUGCAAAAGUCUGCAGGAAGAAAGUCUCUCUCAACCCUGGUGAGCAUAGGUCUCCUAAGGACAGUGCUUUUCUUCUGGGGGGACGCAGGCGUACGCAUACCCCUAAACAUUUUGUGAAUCUUUGUACUUAUGUCCAUUUACUGUAUUUAGUUUUCCCAAUUUGCAGUAUAAAAUGGUGAUUUUCUUGAAUCGAAAUGAGAGUACCCCUAAACAAUUUUUGGGGGGGAAAAGCACUGCUUAAGAAUGUAGGUUAAGUAGUACUUCAACUGAUAUAACAAAGUUGCUUUGACAAUGUGGCCAGUGCUGGUGUGGCUAUUUUGCAGCCUAGGCCAGGCUAACUUCUUGUACGCAUGCCCCAAAUUGUUAGCUUCUAUUUUCAAAAGCAGAUGUCUUGUAGAAAAAAUGAAAAACACAAAACUAUAUAACCAGAACUAAUCCUUAUAAAAUUGUGCCCCUCAAAGGUCAGUACUGCACCCCUUUGAGGUCUGCACCCUAGACGGCUGCCUCAUCGGUCUAAUGAUAGCACCAACCCUGAAUGUAGCUCCAAAACUUGCAACUAUUUUUAAAAAGAGAGAGAGAGAGCUCAUUUCUAUGUAAGAAAAUGUACAGGAAAAACACAGAUCAUUAGGAUUUUCUUUUUCUUUCCCGAGUAAACAUGCAAUACACCUGUGCAAGGACUGUGGACAAAUGCACUUCCCAGCAUUUUUGUAUGUAGCAGAAAGAAGUGCAAAAAUUGACACAUGGUUCUAACUCAUUUUUUCACAUCAAAAAUUACAACAUCUAAGGUGGCCAUUAUCACUUCUUAAUGUUGUGUCUAUUAAGCUCAGCAGGACUCCUCGUGAAUAAAGGCAGGAUAAGGGAAUCAAGGGCAGACAAACAAAGACAUGUGUUUCAUUAUAUUAGAUAAGAGUCCUGAAUCAGAAUCUGAACAAUUCCAAUUCCAUAGAGAGCUGAGAUUUAUGUGAUGGGGUUGCUCAGCACUUAGAAUGACAUAUUUAUGUCCUUUUUUUCAAAGCACAAAACACUCUGAGCUUCUCAUUUGAUUGAGGAAGUGGCGUAGGAAAGAGGGUCCAGCUAUUUCCCCCCACAUGGUUUAUUUAAAUAGCUCACGCUCCAAAGCUGUUGUUUGCAACCGUGUUUUCUCCCCCCUGGGCAAAUAGCAGCUUUGGGGAAGAGGAUUUAGACUGGGAAACCUGCACAGGAGGAAUGACUUGCUUGCACUGCCCCCAUAAACACUUCUGUAGCAAGGUUCAUGCUAACUUCAUUCCACCCCCCCCUCAUGUGGCUGAGGUGGAGACAGGCCCAUUUGUAUAGGGUGUGUGUGUGCAACCCUAAGACAAAGACUGUGACAUGUUUGUUCUAUCCCAGAGAAACGGAACUAAGAUCUCAAACACACACACUGAGGCAAAGUAUAGGAAUGAGGGAUGGAUCCCAGCAUAGUGCAAGCAAAUGGCUUAUGCAACUGACUUGAUGCGAGGGUGCUGCGAUAGCCCCCAGUGCUACUAUAUGAAUACUAGGAGGGGAAUCCAAGGAAAUUAUCUUCAUCAAAGGGGGAGGAAGGAAGCCAGGCAUGGCCCACCCUGAGAUCUAGAGUGGAUGAGGUUUGAGAGGCUGCCAGGGCGGUGGAUUAACAUUUGGCCCAGCCUCUGCUUGAUCACAACAUUGAGGGAACAGGUUGGGAAAAGAAUAAGGCAUCAUUAAAUGUCCUAGAGAAUGGGACGCAGGUGGCGCUGUGGGUUAAACCACAGAGCCUAGAACUUGCUGAUCAGAAGGUAAGUGGUUCGAAUCGCCACAACGGGGUGAGCUCCCGUUGCUUGGUCCUAGCUCCUGCCAACCUAGCAGUUCGAAAGCACAUCAAAGUGCAAGUAGAUAAAUAGGUACCACUCCGGUGGGAAGGCAAAGGGCGUUUCCGUAUGCUGCUCUGGUUCGCCAGAAGCGGCUUAGUCAUGCUGGCCACAUGAUCCAGAAGCUGUACGCCGGCUCCCUCGGCCAAUAAAGCGAGAUGAGCGAUGCAACCCAGAGUCGGUCACAACUGGACCUAAUGGUCGGGGUCCCUUUACCUUUACCUUUAAAGGUCUUAGAAAUAAGGUCUACCUUUUACAGGAGAGUGUUUUGUUCAGAAACACAUUUUUGCAGAGUCAUUCUUCCAAUGAAGGAACACUUUGUAUCGUUUGCAUUUAUUAUCUUCCCAUCAGCCUUGCUACUGAGUGCAUUUCAGCUGUGUGCCCAACAUUAUCUACUUAAUGGAGAUUUACAAGACAAAACAAAACAAAAUACACCAUUAGCUCAACAUCACUCAUUCCUAUCCUCCUGCAUUUCUCCCUAGACAACAGAAAUAUUGUCACCCUCAGCCUUAGAGUAAAUAUCUUUAUAAAUAAGCUCUGCUAUUUCCAAGCUGAAUGAGAGACAUCAAAUAUCUGAAGAAAUACUUCAUACCUGACUGGCAGAAGCUCAUGGUCAGGGAACGCUUUCUUCCACUAUUAAAGCAUUCGCUUCACGUCCUGAGAGUGUAUCAUUAUUGUUUCCUUCUGCUUAUUAUAUUGACCUCAUAAAAACACACAGCUAUUCCAGGAAACAAGGAAGACAGCAUUUGAGCAGGGAAAACUUAAUCUAAUGAGAGCCACGUUUUUACUUUAAUUGUAAAGCAAUAAAACCCAACCAAAUCCUAUAUCCUGCUGCAGUUAAAGGUUAGAUCAGCAUAUCAUGUAUUUAUACUGCAAAGUCCCAGAAGCCUUGAAUGCUACCUGACAUAAAUCCUGCAGUCAGCUGAACAUUCCCCAGAACUUCUUUUGCUCCUUUGGUGGAAACAGCUCAGGGCUGCAUUUCCGUGCCACUGAUAUAAGCAAAGGCAGUAAAAGCAAAACUGCAGUUUUGAAUCUCAAAUCAUUUUAUUCUCAAGUAAUCCUACUGAUUUACUGUGGAGUAAAUGGUUUGCAGGCUGCAGUUUAUACAUACAUGAAACGCUUACCCUGCGGCCUAUAUAAAGUUCUUUCAUUGACUAGAGAUAAUACCCUAUUUCUCACUCUCACUCCACUUUGCCUGAGAAGCAGGUGGGGACGUGGAAGAUUCAUUUCCUGCUGGGGUCUUUCCAUGCUAGGAGUUUACACCCUGCAUUUGCGAUUCUGUGUUCACACUGCAUGAUUAUGUCUGCAUCAAAUUGUUGUUCUGCGGUGUCAGUAGGCACAAAUUGUCUCAGCACCACUUCUUCUAUCUUUUUUCAAAGAGACAUGGUUUUGACAUGGUAGUGACAUUCCGAGCAGCCUAACUCUUCACCUUGGUUUGAUUUAGAUUUAUUGUAUGUCUACGCCACUUUUCAUUCAAAUGAAUCUCAAAGUGGCUUAAAAAUUUCCACACACUGUGGCUAUUACUUUAUAGUUAGUGCCACAUUAGCAGCAUGGAUGUUCAAAUUUUAUAUAUAUAUAUAAAAGGGUUAACACACCUUUUGUUUAUUUUUACUUUUAAAUGCGGACAUUGAUGUAGUAGCAAUUACAUGAAGAAGUGCUUUUGUGCAAGUCAAAAAUAUUGAUUUUUAAAAUGGCAUGCUCAGUUGGUGUUAUAUAUGUUAGAAGUGCAACAUCUGGGAUCAUUGUAGCUCAAGAGAUACCUCUGCUAGUGUUAAAUUCAAUCAGCCAAGAGGGAAUGUGUGGAGGUGUUGGUUAUCUAGCAGGCAGAGUAGCAUGAUGUUUGCUGAGGUAGCAGAUGCCCUCAGUGUCUGAGUUGAACGAUGGGGGUGGAGACACUCCUUCAGGUAUACUGGGCCAAGGCCAUUUCGGGCUUUCAAGGUCAGCAUCAACACUUUGAAUUGUACUCGGAAAUGUACUGGGAGCCAAUGUAGAUCUUUCAAGGCCUCUACCUGGACAGGAAUAGCCUAACUUCUGUUACCUAGGCUCUGGUAACCUCUAGGUCAGAUUACUGCAAUGUGUUAUAUGUGGGACUGCUUUUGAGGAGUGCCUCAGAAUCUGCAGCUGGUGCAGAAUUCAGCAGCAAAGUUGCUGACCAGGACAAGAUGGUCUGAACAAUCACACUAAUUCUUGCAUGACUGCAUUGGCUCUAAUUAGUUCCUGGCCCCAAUUCAAAGUGUUGGCUCUGACCUAUAAAGCCUUGUACAGUUUGGACCCCAGUACCUCAAAGAAUGCCCCUCCACACAUGAACCAACCCAGACCCUUCCUGCAUCAUAAGAGGACCUCCAGGCCCCCUCCAAGGGAAGUGUGGAGGGUGGCAACAGGAUAACAGGCCUCCUCAGAGGGGCUCCCCAUUUAUGGAAUGCCCUCCCCAGGGAGGAACAUCUGGCACCAUCACUAUCUGUUUUUAGGCUCCAGGCAAAAACAUUUUUGUUCUCCCAGGCUUCUGGGUCUUAAUUUUCUGUUUACCUUUGACUGGAGUGGUGCUGUUUUGUGGGUGGAGGUCAAGUCAAGUCAUGUGAGAGAAGUUCACGAUGCCCUGAAUAAAAUAAAAUAUCCUAACAAUUUGAUAUAUCAUUGUUUUGCAUGCAACAUGGUGAUCCAAAACAUUUUUCAAUGUUAUAAAGGAGCAAGGAAACAAAGCACAAAAAGGAGAUAAUUCCAUCUGCUUAAUUAUCAUGCGUCUCAAUGUGUGUGGUUUGGACAGUUUCAGAAUCGUCAGGUGGGGUCUGAAAUCUUUGCUGCCUCUGAUGCCUACAUUCAUUCUGGUGAAUGAGCUCGUCACAGCUUCUAGGAGACAAGUGAUGAAAAUAAAAGGCAUUUGUUUACAGGACAUUCAGAUACAGGCACUCCAUAGCAGUUCUAAGCAAAACAGGGAGGCAGACUAAACACACUAUAUGCUCCAAUGGUGUACAGUUUUUUCAUCUAUUUACAUACCAUGGCAAUCUUACUUGGCAAGCAUGGGAACCUUUAUUUUAAAGCAAUUACUGAGGCAAAAUGUGAAGAGCUAGUAUGAAUAAUACCUGAACAGCACCGUAAGAUCAGCCAUAUCUACAGGCUGUACAGAAUACAAGUAAAGAACUGUUAACUUCAGCUGGUCAUUCAUUCCAGAGAGCUGGAAUGGCAACACCAAAAGCCUGGUUUCUAGUAUAGGUUAAGUGCACCUCUGGGGGUAUCUGGUACUCCUAGUAGUACCCCAAAUGAGAAGUACAAUUGCAAGGCAGGAGUAUACUGGGCAAGACAGUACCUUUGAUAUCCUGGUCCCAAGUUGUUUAGAGCUUUAAUGCUAAAAGCAAGACCUUGAACUGCACUUGGUAGCAUACUGGCAGCUGGUGCAGUUCCUCCAGCAGAGGUGUUCUAUGGUGUCCAUGGGGUGCCCCGUGGACAACAUAAAACACCACUGCUGAGGAAUCACCAACCUAGAUGCAGCAUUCUGCACCACCUGCAGCUUCAAGUUAAGCUCAAGCGAAGUCCCACAUGCAGUGCAGUGCAGUGCAUUGCAGUAGAUUUAAUGGAUCAGCAUUUCAAUCCCUUUCCUAAUGAUCAUGGAAUUCACCUUUUUUAGUAGCUGCCACGCACUGGCUUGACAUCUUCACUGAGUUGUCCACUAGAACCCCAAGGUCUAUUCCUGGUCAGUUACACACCCCUUUAGCAGAUAUGUGAAGUUUUGUGUAUCAAUUUACACUUGCUUACAGUGUUCUGAGGGAAUUUGAAACACAAUGGCAACAGUGGAGAGACUUGGAUGCCCGAGGAAAGGAUGUUAUACAUAUGUUAACAGAAAUUUAACGAAGCAGGAGAAAUCUACUUUUUACACUCAAAUAAUCAACAUCCAUAAUUGUAUUCAAUGCUGAUAUGCUAUUUCAGCAUUUCACUGAAACAGUAAUCUCAUGCAAAUUGUGAAUGUUUAAAUACUAACCCACAAUUCUGCUUAGCAUUUGCUGUUCAUCCUCUGACAUUUUAAUAUAGAUCACUUGGUUGUUAAACUGGCCAAUCCCAUGAAAUGCCACGCUGAAGAGUUUUCCCUGCAACAAAGCUUGCACUUUGGCCUUGCUGUGCUCCAGAGCAGAAACAGCCCUUUAAACGAAAGAAACACACUCCUAAGUAGGAAAUCACCAGCCAAGCAGCUUUGGAAAUAAAUACUAAGGUCAAAAUGGCUUUUUGGAACGUCUGCUUGCAUAGAUGCAAAAUAUUCAUUGCAAAAGCACAAGGUCAGCAUAAAAGAACAAAAAUGGGAUAGAUCUAGAUAAGCUUUUCCCUGACCACAGUAGGAUCCAGCAGAGGUUCCCACUGAAGGAAGGUGGGAAGCAAUCCUCACCAAUUUCCUCUGCACACAUGCUCAGCACCACCUUCACUGCUACAGAGGAUCCCAUAACGUUGUGGAGCAGUUUUUCAGAGGGCAUGGAGCCGGAAGGGGAAAUUGACAUAAUUCACCUCUUUCUUCCAGUGCAGCAACAUGUGGGGGGAACUCCUCAGCAGCCUGGAUCAGACCUUUUUGGUCCUGAAGGUCACAUGCAGUGGUGGGUGAACAUUCGCCACAAGCAAGUAUGUGGCCAGAGUCAGCCACAUUAAAACUGAGGGAGCCUGCCUGACCAACAGCUCUUUGGUGGGCUAGUGACACAUUUUUAAUGAGGAGAUAAAUAUGCAGGGAAAACUCUUCCCUUGCAUCUCUCUCUCUCCCCCUCUCCCCAUUAAAAUUAUGCCCCUUCCCUUGAAUGGAGAAGACCAUCCCUGUGUGUCCAUCUGCUCAUCAAAAUGCAGGAGAUUGUUCUCCUAGGGCAGGGGUCUGCAACCUUUAAGACAAAAAGAGCCACUUGGACCCGUAUCCAAAGAAAAAAAAAAUGGGAGCCGCAAAACUCGUCAUUAUAAAAAUAACUUUUUUGUCACUUUUUUAUUAUUUCUUUGUUUGACCCCUCAGAAUUACUCCUCCUCAUAGAAAUAAACGUUAAAUUAACAAGUUUCCUUUUUGUGUGUGUGUGUUCUUCACUCCCCUUCAAAACAGUGACCAGCGUACAUGGCCCUUACAAUGUAGCGGGCGGGCGGGAAGGUGACGUCGGGACGGUGCGUGACUAACGCACGCACCGCCCCCAUGCGACGUCACAGCCAGUACAGCGCCCGCCACAGUGGGGAGUGUAGGGGUGCACAAUGCGCCUCCUCCCCUCGCUAGUAUCCGCCUCCGGAGCCGCGGGUUGCAGACCCCUGUCCUAGGGGUUGUCUAAGCAGUACAGGGACACCAAUCUUUACAGGAUUGGGAGCACUGCAGGGAUGAGGUUAAAACCCCCUCCCACUGCACAUGAAAUACUGCCCUCCUUUCCAACUUAUGGCUGAGCAGCUCAGCAGCAAAAGGAAGGUGGGGAAGCUCCUCUGGGUUUGGUGGCCUAUGAGUUGCCUGCAUCAGAUAUUGGAGGUUCAUCCACAGAUUGCACUGUCCUCUGUUGUCAUCCAUGCUGACAUUGUAGUAAGUGUCCUUGAGUUUGCUUACUUUCAAGUAAGUAUGCUUAGGUCUGAUAAGUUACCAAGCAUCAAGCACUGAAGAGGCAAGUAAAAUGUUUGCUGUAUCAAAAGUUCUGCUUGUGUUGAAGGUAGCAGGCCCUUUAAAAGCCUUAGAAAAAUAAAUUGGGCUUCUUCCUGUAUAAUAUUAAACUGUAAUUGUACCACAUCAUUGUAUUACACACUGUUUAUUUACUAUUAUCCCAGAACAAAUCCAUUAUUCAAUUAAAUUUAAUUGAUCGUUAUCUGUUACACUGCAAGCUCCACAAUAGGUUUCGGUUUUUAGUCGUUCAUUUCCUGUCAGGCUAAAAACCCCAAAACAUACAGUAGUACCUCAGGUUACAGACGCUUCAGGUUACAGACUCCACUAACCCAGAAAUAGUACCUCAGGUUAAGAACUUUGCUUCAGGCAGUGGGAGGCCCCAUUAGCUAAAGUGGUACCUCAGGUUAAGAACAGUUUCAGGUUAACAACAGACCUCCAGAACAAAUUAAGUUCUUUACCCGAGGUACCACUGUACAUACAUUCUAAACCUGAAGCUCAACCAGUUACUUUAAUCAUACUCCUAAAAAUAAAUCCUGAGAUAUAAAAGAUAAACAUAAAUAUUAAAUAAGACAUUGUUUAAAAUAGCUUCUGCAACAUAAAACCCUAAGAGAUUUCUGAAGGUACCUUGUAGAGCUCCAUUUAAUUUUAUGAAGUGCUAUUCAUAUAGCAGCGCAAGUUUAUUUUUUUAUAAUAUAUACAUUUACAAAAACAGACAUAUUGAUUAUUUCCAAUGGGUAGGAUUGCCCUCAGGCAUAAACUAUCAGAAACACUUGUGUGAUAACAGUCUGCUAUACCAAGACCUCUCUGAACCAAGGACAUUGGGUUGCCUUCCUCCACCUCACAGCACUUCAGCCCAGAAGCCCUAGUGGAGCCACAGCCUCCUAUUUAACACUCAUCUUGAGGAUGAACUGAGCUGCGGAAGCAGCGACUGAGCACAGCUCAUGUGGAGCUUCCACUGCCUGUGCCUUGCACAGAGCUGUCCAAGGUAACCAUUGGAGCCUUGCCUCACGUUGCCUCUGUACUGCCAGGUUUAUUAUUCAAAACAGGAUAAGACCACUAGUUAUCAUGUCCUGAAUACUUUGAAUGUCAUGAUACAGUUAUGAAACUUUCAAUUUUAUAAUGGUCUUAUAGUAACUCACAAUAAAGGUUAUUUCACCAACGCCAGUCGGUAGGUCACAAGACUCUUGAUCUCAGGGUUGUGGGUUUGAGCCCCACGUUGGGCGAAAGAUUCCUUAAUUGCAGGGGGUUGGAAUAGAAGACCCUUGGGGUCCUUCCAACUCUACAAUUCUAUGAUUCCAUAACCAGUUCACAUUCAGUCAGUGGAAGGAUUUCCACUCAUACAGCAGAAAUUGUCUUCCUUUCCUUCUCCCCAGGCACCCCCUAAAUCUAUUCUGUAGUAGAUUUGGGGAAGGGGAGGUGUGUGCACAGGGAGAGGAGAGGGAGGGUUCCACUGUGCAAGCAGAAAAUCUUACACAGAUGAACCUAGUUCACUGGAUAAACUUACUACCUUGGCUGACCCAAGCUGGAAAAUGGACAGGGGUAGCACAACUCUCACAGUGGCAUUUGAUCCCACGCUGACCAUGGUAUCCAACACAAAAUGUGUUAAGAAUAAAAACCAUUCAUUCAUUUAAUUGCAAAGCGACAUUUUAAGUUAUUUCCUCUCCCUGUUUUAAGUUCCCUUGCCUUCUCACAUCAUAUUCUGUCCUCAGAUGAGCUACAGUAAUCAUAAAUGCACCGUUUGAUCUGGAACUGGGGCUCUCAAGAGGUCAGGCUCUUUGGUGAAUAUCAGCUCUUAGACAUCUUCAAUUUUAUCUAAACUCUAAUGAUAAAAAGGAGGUUUAUCAAAAAUAAUGCACCCACUUUGUUAACGUUUUAACCCUAGACCCAGAGAUAAUUUAUUUAGCUUCUUAAGACACUUGGGAAGUGUCCCUGUUCAAGAUGUGUUCAGUCAUUCUCCAGGUGCCAGGCAGUGAUUUGAAGUUAUCUCUCUUAAACCAAAAGCAAUUUUUAACAUCAAACUGAACUCAUUUUGGGGUUCAUGAAAACAGACUGAGAUAAGGAACUUUUUUAGGCUCUAAAAAUAAAGUUCUUUGGGAGGGGAGGGAUCCUGGAUUUACCAUCCCUAAGAAACACAUUAUUGAUACAUAAUUCUUAUGUGUAACUUCAGACUUCCAGUUGAGUUGUAUCUACUUGACAGAAUGCAGAAUGCAUCUUCACCUUUGCCUGAAGCCCAGAAUUUCAAUAAGAUCUUUCCUUAAAUUUUAAAUAUAUAGAGUAUAUUCUGAAGAAGCAGAAACUGGUUGUGCUAUUUCUGAACCUCAGCUUCACCGAGGGCACAAAACUAAGAGAACUAAGUAUUGGUGUGGUCUUAUGCAGCUGCCAGUUGUUAACAGACUGGAAAAUGGAAUAGCAUUUCCAUAAUUAAUUGUGUGCUACUUCCUGAUUACAUGAAGAAACUGAUGCCUUUUCCCAAGUGGGAAACUGUGAUGGCAAAUAAAUCCGUUCAGAUGACUAAAUUUGCCACUUUUAAAGACAUUGUUUUUGCUGAGCUGCACGGCCUGUUCUCAGCAUUUUCCAAGUCUGUUUCAUCUGCGUAGCUGAAAAGCUGCAGGAAAAAAUACUAUGGUUUUUGAAAGAACCUUCAAUAGCAUUCUUAGGAUUAAGAUGAAUGAAUUUAACCAGGAGAGGGAAGUCCCAAUGGCCAGAAGCUUAAACAUGCACUGAAAAGAAGUUAUAAUUCUAAUUGGUAUGGUUCAGUUUUGUUCACUUAAAAAUGCACUUAUGUUUCUGGGGCACCAAAACCAGACCAUAAUAUUUUCUAUACUUCAACAAAAAAAAGUUAAGCAUAUAGACAUGCUGUUCAAGGGCAUGUGUCCUUAUAUUCCAUAACCUUUUUUAUUAUUAGUGCUGCAGGCUUGCAUCCUUUUCUGGGUGCCAUACAUCUGUAGUCAAGAGGGCCAGAGGUCAAUGUGAGUGGAGUAAAUGUGAAUUUCACACUUGCACAGUAGUCUAGUGUCUACACACACUCACAGUUUACUCUAGCCUUAAUUCAGGCAAGCAAGAGGCAUUAUCAGAGUUCAGACAAAAACACUCAAGGAGUAUGUGCAGCAAAGCCCAUGUGGCAGGAGGAACAUCCAACAGUCAGAGAAUAUAGCCUGGAGGGGCACAUACAGACCACCCCUAGGCCUGAGGCUUCCCAGCCCUGCUUAAAUUGAUGGAUUAAUCCAGUGGUGGGAAACCUUAUUGGUCUGGCAAGCCAUGUCCUCAUCUGUUUCCAUCCCUGUGUGCCCAGAGGAGAAGCAUAUGCCUGUGCUGCCCAGGGCAGACAUGCUCCUGGGGGGGGGGCAUGGGAGCGUUCCCGAGGGGGGCGGGGGGCAGAGGGUGCCCUCCCAUGUGCCACAGUUCAGGGUAGGAGAGGGGUGGGGAAGCUGCUGCUCACUGAUGACCCAGCAAUGGAGCUGCUGCGGCCAGGUGUGCUUUGCCACGGCUGAGGUGGGCUGCUCUCUGCUGCCGGGUCAGAAGAGCUGCUGCCACCAGGUGCCAGGUGUGCUGCCCAUUCAUCUGCCAUUUUGUCACCCCCCUCAGUCAUGACACCCGGGGCGGACCACACACACCACACACACCACACAUCCUUUCCUACGCUUCUGUGUGUGCCAACUUUGAUAGGCUGACAUCACCUGACAGCAUUGCAAGGAGCUCUGCCAGCCCUGCGCUCAGGGCUUAUCCUGAGUCUAGGGCUGGCAAAGCUGCAUCCUGCAGGUAUUGGCUGCAUGACUGAAUUCACUACAGUGAACUCAGUCAUGCAGCUGAUGCAGCCCCCUGACAUUUGGGUUUUCCAGAUCUGUGUAUGAGCAUUUUUAUUUAUUUUUUAUUUGUCUGCAAUUGCCGUUUGCUCUGAUUCAGCAGCAAAACAUGAGUUUCCCAGGGAAAGCACUGGAUGAAAAACAACAACAACCGCUACUUGGACCUGUGCCCAGAAAUGUGGCAUAAAAGGAAGUGUGGACGAGCCCAUAGUUACAGCAAAUUAAGUACUAAUUAGGAACGGCUUAAUGAUUUUUAAUCCACAUCACAGCAUUCCAAUUAUUAAGCCAAAUUUGCCUUACCUGGUCAUUUGCUAUUGGGAUUGCAACAAAAUAGGCAUAUCCCUUCUGUGUUUCUUAGAUACAUUUUUUUCUUUGUGUUCCUGUUCCUUCUCUUCUACUUUCAUCUUUUGGGUUCCUUCAUCUGAACCAUGUUGCUGCUGAUGAGAGGAAAUGUCAUCUUCAUUUUCAUGUUCCUGCCGCUUCUCUGUGGUUGGGUCUUGUGUGUCUUCCUCUCUCAUACUACAAGAUUGAAGUUUUAGCAUAUUUGUUAGUUCUGCAUUUUGGCUGUCAUCAUGCAAUUUCUUCUCCAUCACCAUCACCUCUAAUCUUUCUUUUUGCUCUCUUUGUAGCAGGUCUUCGGCCUUUAGCUGCUCUGUGCUGCUUUGGUCCCACUUACGUUGCUGUUGCAAGCUCUCAUUCCCCAGUGAUUGAUUCAUGUUCUUCCAUAGGGACUUUGAAUCCAACAGAUUUGUCUCUUCCCGAUCUUGUUGCUCCUGCUCCUCUUCCAUUAUUAUUCAAUUCUUGCACUGGGUCUGCUGCUGGUCUUGUUUUUCAUGAGGUGCAUCCUUGUACCUGUUAUUGCGUUGCCAAUGGGCAUCCUCACAAGGAAUUUCUCCUUCAUGACCAUUCCCAUGUACACAUGGGUGGGGCAUCUCUCUUGCUGCAAUCUGCUGUUGCAAUUUUACAGACACACAUGAUACCUCUCCAAUUUUGUUCCACUCUUGUUGCACCUUGGCUGUUACUGAUAGCAUAUUUUGUCCUUGUUGUACCUGUAUGGUCAUCUAGGGAACCUCUCCUCUUCCAUCCCAUUGCUGCUGAACAGUCACCGUCACAUACUGUGCUUUAUCUCUUUUCCCCUAUUGUUUUUGUUGACAUUAACCAUUACAGAUGGCAUCUUCUUUUCCUCAGUCUGAGUUUGCACUGCUACACCGAAAGUAGGCCUUGCUUUGGCCUAUUGUAUAUUUCCCACCCUUGCCUAUUGACCUUCACCUGGAAGCUUUGGAGACUUCCCAUUCCCAUAAUUUUCUUCAGACGGUAACAGCUGCAAUUGAGCCAUCAUCUUUAGUCUACAACACCAACACUGCUUCUUCCAAAACGGGUUCCUCCUCCAGAAUAUUGUCCUUUUUUUCUAGGUCUGAAAUCUGCUUUGUAGAAGAGACUGAGAAAUGGACAGAUGCUAACACGAAAUUCCAAAACCAUGAAUAA